AACAAAAUUUUCCGACCCGUUUCGCUCUUUGCGGGAAACGUAAAUCGAAUUCCGGAAUGUGCCGCCGUUCUUUUCUGAUUUCUUGACUUGGUUUAGUUUCAGAGCGGUUGAUUAUAGUGCUCCAAGUGCCUCGCGUUGCCCAGAACCAAACCUAGCAAUCCGUUUUUUAAAGGUUGCUUAGCAACCCUUGUAAAUGCGCAACUUUCCAAAGAUGAAGUGAAGGAAGCUUUCUUCAAAUCGGGUCGUGAAAAUGGAGUACGCAUCGUUCGUUCAGGAUCUGGGCAAAGUGAACCCAAGCGGUGACCGCUGUCCACCUGAAUCGCCUUACACUCGAGAGUUUGAACGGCGUAUGGGAGCGCUAGUGCUUAACUUUGACCUCGAUGGUAAUCCGACCACGGCCACGGCAGUUGCCACCGAAAACGAAGGCCUUUCAAGUGAAGAAUACGACGGAGACAGCGGAGUAGGUUCCUUCGAUGAAGGCAGAGAAGAUAGAGACGAUCAGAGCAGUUCCAAGUCCAAGGGUUGCAGCCGUUUGAAACCACGGGCCAUGUGCUGGACUGCUUCCACGGGAGAAGGUAACGAAGACGAACCAAAACCUGUAGUGGUACCCUAUGGGAAAAAGGGUUUGUUUUCCGGAGAAAGUAGCCCAGUGGAACAUCGGACCAAUGCAAGAUCGAAUAAAAGCGAUGUGGCACCACCUCAUAAGCGGACUCACGACAGGUGCAACGAUAGGGAAGAAGAUACAAACUCCAAAGAUGCUUGGAUGGCCAAAUUGCGGAAGCGGAGCAGUAGCCCCACAACAACCUUGUCCACUGAACGAUUUAUGAUAACGCAAUGGUCUGAUUCAGAGUAGCUUGAGCAACAAGUUUAAAUUGCAAAUAGAAUAAGACAUCCUAUUGUAAAAAUGGUCAAAGGAACCUUUACAUUUUAUUGCUAAAUUUUUUGGCGAAGUGAUUACGCCGUUUUGUGAAAUCUAGUCAAAUUUCAAUUGAUCAAUAAAUGAAUCAUUGUGGCAUUCCGAAAGGAAGAGCAGGGAA